AUCUACAAAUAUGUUACAAUAUCUAUCUUUUAUGAACUUUGUAACAUUUUGUUAACCCCUUUAAACGAUCUAAUACUUCUGUUUUUAUUCACAAAUAUAUAUGGAUGCUGAGGAAGUUCAAUUCUACUACGAUGAUGACCAACUUUCGGAUUGCGAAAGUUGUGUUAGUGGUGAAUCCAACGAUGAAAGCAACGACAACAAUGAUGGAUCAUUAUUUGGUGAUGAUGUGGUUAAACUAAAUGAAGAUGUCGCGGUUUUUGAUAUUAUUGGGCAUAAGUUUUUGUCGACUUUGGUCGAUUAUGAUCAUGAAAAGAGAAGUUGUACAACUAUUACCGCGAUUUAUACUAUGAAUUGGAAAAAUUCUCGUAUCAAGCGUGCAAGGUUUCAAAGUUUUGAUAUUUUUCGUAAUGCAUUAGUGGGAAUUAAUAAUAAUAAUAACAACAAUUAUGAAGAUAGUUGUUUUGUGAAAUAUGCUUGGUAUUGUGAUUCAAAAGAAGAGAUUCAAAGGAUUGUUUCUGAUGGUUUUGGUCAUCAUCAAUUUCGUAAUCGUGCUGGGAUAUGUUUAGCUCCCCUUAAUUCUCUAGCAAAAAGUGUGCAAAAUUGUAUAGUGGACGAUGAUGGGCUUAAACAUGCAUUACUUUGCCGAGUUUUACUCGAAAAUGUGGGUGAUGAAUCUGAUGAUGAUGUUGAUGUUGUUUCUCAAAACGAGUAUUUUGUUUGGAGUAACAAAAUGAAUACACAUAUUUUGCCAGAAUAUGUUGUUUCUUUCACGACUGUUCUAUGCUUGGAGGGAGUUCCAAAGGAUGAACACAUACGGAGGAAACCGGAAACUUCUCUUUGGAUGCCAUUUUCAACUUUGAUAUCAGCAUUGUCCAAUGUCUUACCAUCAUAUAGGAUGGAUUUGAUUAUUGAACGUCACAAUGAUUUUAAGGAAAGAAAGAUAUCACGUCAAGAAUUUAUAGGAACACUCAAAGAAUGUGUUGGACGCGAUUUCUUGAUCAAAUUACUCAAACAUUGUGGAGCAAAGGGAAUGAAAAACACACUUGAUUAUAAGUGGAAAAAAGGUUUAUUAGCGCUUGAAAAAAAAUGUGGCUAGAUGAACUUCGAUGAUGGACAACGAGAGAGAAGAUGAUAGAUAGUUUUACUUUCAAUUAAAGGUCUUAUAUAAAUUUGUUAAUGUUAUUUUUUUAUUUUUUUUUUUAAUAAUUGUAAUAAACUUUACAUUGUAUAAUUAUUGAAUUCGUAUCUAUAGUUGAAUCUCUCAUUUUUCAUGUA